AUGUCUGCCCUUCUUACUGCCGGCCUGCUCGCCGCCUUUGCCGCAUCUCCAGUGUCAGCAUUCUGGCGAUUACCAUGCAAAACUCCCAUCGUCGUGGAACGAGCCGACCCCAUUGUCAACCCUGGCAAGGUGUCUGGCCAUGUGCACACCAUCAUGGGAGGCAAUGCAUUCGAUUUCACUAUGGACGAUAACACCACACUAACAUCAACCUGCUCUUCUUGCACAGUGACCGGAGACAACAGCAACUAUUGGACCCCAACAUUGUGGUUUCAACAUCAAAACGGCAGCUUCGAAAGCGUGAACCAGGUUGGAGGUGCCACCGUCUACUACUUGCAACGAAAGGGCGACGGUGAGACUCUUAAAGCCUUCCCACCUGGCUUCCGAAUGCUUGCUGGAGAUCCUUUCAAACGAAGCGGUGGAGAUGAUUUUGCUUCCCAGGCGAUCAGCUAUAACUGUCUCGAUUAUAGCGGCGCAGCCAAACCAGAGACUGGCAUGUUUCCCAACUACAACUGCCCCGAUGGGCUUCGAGCGCAAGUCUUCUUCCCAUCCUGCUGGAACGGCAAAGACCUUGAUUCUUCUGACCACAAGUCUCACGUCUCCUACCCGGCGACCUCUUACAACUCCGGCUUAUGCCCUCCCGAUUUUCCGGUUCAUCUAGUUUCCAUCUUCUAUGAGAUUAUCUGGGAUACAGGCAAAUUCGCCGAUCAGUGGUACGGUGACAGCCAACCAUUUGUCUGGUCAAUGGGUGAUCCCACCGGCUAUGGCAGUCACGGUGACUUCGCUAUGGGCUGGGACCCUGAUCUUCUGCAACGUGCUGUCGACACUUGCACCAAUGACAGCGGUCGUGUCGAGGACUGCCCUGAGUUCAAGCUCAUUCCUGACACUCAAGCUGAAGGCUGCCGCAUCGAACCUAAGAUCGAUGAGCCCGUCAGUGGCGUGCUCUCUGCCUUGCCUGGAUGCAACCCUGUCCAAAAGGGACCCGGUGCGGCUACACCUCAAUCUGAUUGUGGUGCUACCACAACCAUCGGAGCAGGCAAUGCCACUUUCUUCACAGACUUAACCAGCAAAGGCUGGUCGUACACUGGAUGCGGUACUGACAACUAUUACAGCCGCAUCCUCACUGGUGCCACCGAGUCGAAUGACCAAAUGACCAACGAAGCCUGUGUUGCCUUCUGCGAUAGCAAAGGCUUCUCCGUUGCCGGUACUGAAUAUUCCAAGGAGUGCUAUUGCGGCAACUCUAUACCCUCGAGCGGCAUGCCCGUAGCCGGCGUCGUCGGCAGCUGCGAGAUGAAAUGCUCGGGUGACGAUUCUGAAUUCUGCGGCGGUUCAGGUGUCAUCUCGCUCUACCAGAAAUGCACCGGCAGCGCCUGCACCAACACUGGAGCUGGUGGUAGCAGUUCGAGCGGCUCAAGCGAGCUCAUCUCAUCUGGGUCUUCCGCACCAGCAUCUUCGGCUUCAGCCUCUGCAGCGACCUCCGCCAGUGUUGUUGCUGCUGCUUCUUCUGCUCCUGCUGCCGCCCAAGCAUCUUCGGCUUCGGCGUCCACAACGACCCCUGCCGGUGGUGCUGCUGCCUCUUCCUCUUCGACCAUAUUGGCUGUCCAGCCUACCACGCUCGCAACGGUGACUUCUUCCGGCGCCGCUGCGUCUCAGAAUGUGGUUCAGCCUGUGUCUCCAGCAUCUUCGGUAAUUGAGCAAUCUUCUUCGCUGAUCCUGACUACGACUCUUGCGACUUGAUGGCUGGUUCGUCUGACUCUAUGUCAGGAGGAUCAGCCGCCGUUACAGGAUACAAUUGCAGCUCCUGAUUGUUUUCGGCUGCUGCGUCCAGCAUUCCAGUCUUUCAAUCCCUCCAAACACCAUCCCAAGUUCUCUGCCCGCCACUCAUUGUUGCGCCCAGUCCACCACUAUGCUUUUGUUCCCCAUACAUUCUGCCCCCAAGCGAAGUCCAACCUACUGCAAACCUAUUGAAAGCACACUAGAGAAACUGACAGAACAUCUUUGCAUCUUCCUAGCUCUCGUACAUCUCGGCCUCAGUCUUGCCGUCAUCGACAUCAACCCCCGUCUCAUCAAACCCGGCCUGGUCUUACUCAGGCUGCUUCACCGACACCGUCACUCCUCGAUCGCUUCCGAAAUGGUCGACUUUCAACGGGCCCAAUAUGACUAACGAUGCGUGCAUUUCAUUCUGCGACAGCGUCGGGUGCUCAGUCGCCGGAACAGAGUACGCGGGCCAAUGUUUCUGCGGUGCGGAGAUCACGUCCAACGAGCUGGAUGAGGAUAAGUGUAAUAUGGCCUGCACAGGCGCGCAGGGCGAGAUGUGUG